AUGGUACCUAGUGGCUUGGCUGUAGAUGAUGCUCUGUUUAGUAUGGGAGGGAUGGAAGCUGGAGCUGUGAAGGUAACUGCAUCUUUCUGUGGGUUUUCUGUAAACCGAGGAGUAGAUUGUGCCAUUGUUAUAUGUCACAGUGGUGUCCAUAAAAUUCACAGAUCUAGUAGAAUAUUCCAUUUUUAAUUUGAUUGAUUUUUAGUUUAGUUUGGCAACCACCAAAUGUCCAAGAAAAAUGAAUCAGCAGGAAGCUGCCCACUAAUGGGAAGAAUAAAGAAAAUGGGAACAGUCAAAAACCUCGCUGCAAACUGAGCCAGCACAUAUGCACAGACAACACAGCCACACACAACAAUAAAACCUACAACAUUAACUCCUUCCCGACCGCUGAUGGUUCAGGACCGUCAUCAGAAAAAUCCCCUUGAGGACCGGUGACGGCUCAGGAAGUCUCCCCACGGUGAAUUAGGACCCCGCGGCCAUGUGAUCGCUCAACAGAACGGUCACAUGGUCACAAUAGGUGUCCAAGUGUCUUCCUGCAGGGGGACUGCCUAUGCUGACAGGCAGUCUCCCUGCAAAUGUAAAAAAAAAAAUAAAAUAAAAAAGUUAAUCAAUUAAAUUAUAUGUGUGUGUGCGUAUGUAUGUGUAUAUAUAUAUAUAUAUAUAUAUAUAUAUAUGUGUGUGUGUGUAUAUGACAUAUAGACAUAUAUUAGAUUUAUAUAAUAUAUGUCUAUAUAUAUUAAAUAUAUAAUGUCAUACUAAGUGUAUUUUUAUAUUAAUAUAUACGUAUAUUAAUAUAAAAAUACACUUAUAAUUAAAUUACACACGUGUGUGUGUGUAUAUAUAUAUAUAUAUAUAUAACGAUACAUAUUGUGUAUAUAUAUAUAUAUUAUUAUAAAAUACAAAUAAGAAGUAAAUUAAAAUAAAUAAAAAAACUUAAAAAUAAUUAAAAACUUAUUUAAAAAAAUUAUAUAUAUGAAAUGUUAUUCUAACUGUAUUUUGAUAUUAAUAUAUAUAUAUAUAUAUAUAUAUAUAUAUAUAUAUAUAUAUUUAUAUCAAAAUGCACUUAGAAUGAAAUUAUAUAUAUAUAUAUAAAUAAAUAAAAAUAUUACAAAAUAUAUAUAUAUAUAUAUAUAUAUCCAUAUACAAAAUUACAUGAAAAUUUUCAUAAAUAUACACGUAGACUUCAAAUAUAUAAACAUGCACAUAUAUUUAAAUUCUAUGUGCGUAUUUAUGUAAUAUUUUUACAUAAUUAAUUUUAUUGAUUGCAAUUUGAGGGACCUGCCUGACAACCAGUGGCAUAAACACGAUCCAUGGGGCCCCAGGUGCAAAAAUUGCAUAAUACACAUACACGUAAAGGACCACUAUAGGCACUCAGAUCAUUUCAGCUCAAUGAAGUGGUCUGGGUACCAGGUCCCUCUAGCUUUAACCAUGCAGCUGAGAAACUGCUAUGUUUCACUGAGGGUUAAUCCAGCCUCUAGUAGCUGUCUCACUGACAGCCGCUAGAGGCACUUCCGCGACACUGGACGUCCAUAGGAAAGCAUUGAGUAAUGCUUUCCUAUGGGCGGUUUGAAUGCGGCUCGGCGCAUUCGGAGCUGAGAGGCGGAGGAGAUCCCCAGCACCAAGGGAGCCUGGCGCUGGAGAAAGGUAAGUGCUGAAGAGGUUUUAACCAAACACACACUCUCACGAGCAGACGUAUACACACUAGCUAACAGACACAAACAUUUAUUGACAGACACACACUCAGAGACAGACACACAUACACUCUCACUGACAAACACACACUCACUAACAGACACACACAAACUAACAAAUCGGUCAGUAAGUGAGGAGUUAAGGGAUUCUCUGCUCUGGUGCAUUUUUCUAUGUUCUGGGAAACUGCUUCCCCAAACAUAGAUUUGAGGGAUUCCCUGCUCUCGUGCGUUCGUCUUUGUUCGGGGAAGAUUUCCCGAACAUAGACAUACGCAUCAGAGCAGGGAAUCCCCAUGACGGCUCGCACUAUUGCCUGGUCGUAAGUGCGAGCCGCGGUAAAACAGGUAGGUCGCUAAAUGAGGACCACCUGUAUAUGUAUAAUAUAUUUAUUUUAUUAUUUUUUUAGCAGUCUGGGGGACUGCCUGACAGCUCAGACAGUCCCUCUGCUGGCAGCUCCUAGAAUCCUAUUGCGGUGAUGUGAUCACAUGGCCAUGGAGGGCAGGGGUGGCCGGAACUGCUGUAGUGGGACUGCUGGGGUCUCUGGCAGUCCACCCCGACCGUUACCACCGCAGAUCGUCGGUCCAGGGCUCCUAUUUGUCACAGACGUCCUUAAGGAAAUUUUAUAUAUAUAUAUUAUUAUUAUUUUUUUAUUCUAAGUGUAUUUUGAUAUAAAUAAAUAUUUAUAUCGAAAUACAGUGAGAAUAAAAUGACAUAUUUACAUACAUAAUUUUUUUAAAAUUAUUUUUACAGUGUAUUUUUAAUUAUUUGUCAUAAAUAUAUAUACAUAAUAUAUAAAGUUAUAUAUAUGGUAUACACAUCUAUAUAUACACGUCAGUUCAGGCAGUCCUGCUGCUGGCAGCACAAUGGGGGCCAUGUGACCGCUCUUUUAGAAUUGGAGAGGGGGGACUCUCUGGGCUCAGUCCAAAGAGUCCCCCCAAAGAAGAAGACCGAUCGCCGGUGGGGGAAUGCGGCGAUCAGUAAGUACAUGGGGAAGGGGGGAGGGAGGGUAUGGGUUAAUUUUUUAUUACUUUUUUUAAAAUUUCUUUAUUUUUUUUAACUAAUACUGAGUUCCUCGACCCCUCAAGGCACUCAGUAAAGGUAAGAGCAUCUGAAGUCUGCAGAUGUCUUCAGAUGCUCUUCCCUACACUGCCGGGCGCCACGUGCAGCAAACCCGGAAGUGAUCGCUCCGGGGAGGGAGGGGGCAAUCACUCGGGUCCCCGGCAGUGUAGGUGGGUAUUACACAAUGCCUCUAUAUGGAGGCAUCGUGUAACACCAUCAGAGCGGCUGGAAGUGAUCACGAUCGCUUCCAGCGCUCAAAAUACCAGGUAUGUCCGAGGUCCUAAAGGGCCUAUCAAUAUACAAAGUUACUGUUUGUAUAGACCUAUUCUUUCUCAUACUCUUAUGUGCUGUUUCUAACUGGAUGGCUGCCCACUUCCUUAAACUAAACUUGACCAAAACUGAAAUUCUGGUCUUUCCUCCCUCAAGUAUUGUUACUCCAUUGUCUGUCUCCUUCCAAGUCAAUGGUGCUACCAUCAGUUCCACCAUGCAGGCUCACUGCCUAGGUGUUCUCUUUGACUCCUACCUCUCCUUCAGGCCUCAUGUUCAAUCUAUCGCCAAAUCCUGUCAUUUCCAUCUCAAAAACAUUGCGCGCAUCCGCCUCUACUUAACGCCAGAUGCGACUAAGGUGUUGGUCCAUUCCACUGUCCUUUCUCGCCUUGACUACUGUAAUCCGCUUCUCAGUAGUCUUACGUGCUCCCAACUUGCGCCGUUACAGUCCAUAAUGAAUGCAGCGGCAAGGCUCAUCUUCCUGUCUGCCCGCACCUCCCAUGGCCACCCUUCUGUCAGUCCCUACAUUGGCUUCCUUUAAAUAUAAAGCUCAAUUUAAAAUUCUGGUUCUUGCUUUCAAAUCUCUACAUAAUGCUGCUCCCACCUAUCUAUCCUCCCUUAUACACAAGUAUGCACAUCUAGGCCCUUACGAUCUGCUGAAGACUUACGUCUAUCUUCUGUCCGUACUCCCACCUCUGAUGCUCGCCUUCAAGAUUUCCAGAGGGCUGCACCGUUCCUGUGGAACUCGCUUCCCUCCUCCGUUAGAUGUUCACCCAGUCUCCACUCCUUCAAAAUAUCGUUAAAAACCCACUUCUUCAUAAAAGCGUAUCAAUUAAACUGUUAAUAGCUCCUGACUGAUUCCUCUUCUGCAACUGUCACUAGUAUAAUACUAUCCUUACCUUUUUGUGUCAUUUUACCCCACCCCCUCUAGCAUGUAAGCUCAUUGAGCAGGGCCCUCAACCCCUCUGUUCCUGUGUGUCCCACUUGUCUGGUUACAACUACAUAUCUGUUCGUCCACCCAUUGUAAAGCGCUGCGGAAUUUGACGGCGCUCUAUAAAUAUCAUAAUAAUAAUAAUAAUAAUAAUUUAUAUUUGUGUAUAUGAGUUCAUGGGUAUGUAUAUGUGUUCAUGUGUAUAUAUAUAUAUAUAUAUAUGUAUGCGUAUACAUAUAUGUAUAUUUGUGUGUGUUUAUGUUUAAAGUGUGUACAUAUAUGCAUACAUGUGUGUGUAUAUGUGAAUAGGUGUAUGUGUACAUAUAUAUGGGUCUAUGUAUGUGUAAGCACAUUUGUACAUGUGUAGGUAUAUGUAUUGGUGCUUAUGUGGAUGUAUGUAUAGGUGUGCAUGUACAUAUAUUUGUGAAAUCGGUUGUAUAUAUAUGUAUAUUUUUGUAUAUACUUAUGUAUAUUGUGUAUGUGCUUGUGUAUACGUGUAUAUAUGCACUACUUGUGUAUAUGUAUAUGUACGUGUGUGUGUGUGUUUGUGCUGGAUAUAGGCCUUCAUCAUAUCCUGUAACUCUUGGAUGGAAAUAAGUAAUUAUUUUGUUUUUACUCUCCCCUUCUAUCACCAUCUUCUGCACUAUUUGCUUGUUUUUUUCUCUCUCUAUCCCCCCUCACUCUGUGAUCUUCACACAAGAUAUUUACAACCCUUUGCUAGAAUGGUGUCUAUUUUCUAUGAAACCUGUGUCGUGCACACGUCGCUUUAACCCCUGUAUCACAACUCAACUUUGAAUUCUGCUCCGAAAUGCUUUAGACUUGAGAAAAGGAGGUUCUCCCGAAAGCUUGUCAUUAAAAAAUGUUUAUAUCUACAUCACUGGACUAAUACGGCUACAAUCUCUACUUAAACACUAUAUAUAUAUUUUGGAAGGCGUAGCCUUAAGUUGUGGGAGGGGUUACUCGGCUAUUUAAACUCAGGCCCCCUACACCACAGGGCUGAUGCUGCCUGGUUCAAUCAAAUGAAUCUUGUACCCACCAUCGUAAGGUCAGGAUUCUAACUGCUAUGUCCACAGGUUACCUAUUCAUAGACCAGCCUCAAGAACAACCACCCCGAUUAUACAGGCAUAUUUCAUUCACAGUAAGUCAAGCCCAAUUAUAGUUCCAACUUGCCUCCCACCAUUUCCCUUUAGGUUCUCCAAAAUCGCAUUCCUCUGGCAAGGAAACCACAUUCUACCCCAAGCAAGGUAUGUUUACCCACCUUGCUACUACCCAUCACCCGUCCCAUUCUUGGAUCCGGUAUUUCAACUGGCGGCCUAGUUCCCAGCUCUUAUAUUGACUCUUUUUACAGUCCCCGAGAGGCCAACGUUUUUGCCACACCUUUCAGUGGCCCCUGCCCACUAGGCCAAAUCACAUGAAGUCAAACAGUUGAUAUCCACUCUACUUGCCACUCUACUUAAUAGACCCCGCAACACAAUCACGUUGCUUAAGAAGGUAUUUGACAACCAUAUUAAUUACCCACCCCUAGCCUCAACUCAUUGAUUUCCUCUAAGGGAUUCUCCCAGCACUAUGUCUCCAAGCUUCUACCUAUUCAGCCAUCCCGAGGGCAUGUUCAUGGCAUUUUACACUCAAUAUUAGCGAAUGUCCUGCAGUCACCCGAUAUCUUAGAUAACUUCCUCGCGAUAGAACGCCCUCAAUCCGCUCUGGUUAGUAUUCACAAGACAAUGGCACUUUUCAUCACUAGGGGUUCCACUUUCACAAACUGA